AGACCGGGCGUUCUUCAGCACAAAAAACAUCACUUUCAAAUAAAUUGGUAUGUCGCUUGUGAGCUGUUGUACUUUGAGUGAAAAGUUUCCAGAAAACCCUUCAUAAAAAACUAUUUUAAGGACACCAUGUAUAUAUUUUAACAUAUUCCCACGAUCAAAAGGAAGUUCGGCUUCCGCGUGGGCUCGAAAGUGAUUUCUCCGAAUGAGCAUUAAUUUUUUACUGGCCCGCCGAAAUCUGCUCUACAAGGAAAUAAAAUUAAUUCAGUGUACAAGUUGAAGCGAAGGUUCUGUGACAUUUGAAGCUUGAAAGAGUUUUUUCAUGCCCAUUUCGAAACACUCACCUAUUCUACUGGGGUCCACGACCCGCCACUGAUUUUUAAAGGAGAGAAGAAACGUUAAAAGGACCCUGCUACAAGUUAUAUUUAUAGGUCGUAACGCGUCUGCCAAGUGCUAUAAAUCUUUUUCGCCGCACCUCGUAUUCGGCAACAGGUAGUUUGUCCCGUAAUGUUCCAAGCGGCGUUGCCAGAUGACAAAAACUUUCUUUACAAUCCAGAAAUUUGAUUAGGUAUAGCCUAAAGGAGAGUGGAGGAACCUUUAGAAAAAUUGAACUCGCCAAGGAUGGGUUAAAAGAAACGUGAGACAAUGGAUUGUUUUUGUUCCAAAGUGUAUUCAGUACACUGCAAAAUCGUAUUCUUGGAUGAAACAGAACUGGUUCACGAGCUGCAGAACAAUAGCAAUGGCCAGUCCCUUCUAGACGUGGUCUUUCGACACCUCAACUUGCUUGAAACGGCCUACUUCGGGCUGCGCUACUUGGACCAGAAUGGCCAGACCCAUUGGUUGGACCCGACGAAGAAACUCAACAAGCAAAUCAAGGGCACAGAUCCCUACACGCUCUACUUUGGCGUCAAGUUCUACGCAGCAGACCCCUGCAAGCUCCUCGAAGAGAUCACCAGGUACCAGUUCUUCCUCCAGAUCAAGCAGGAUAUCCUCCAGGGGCGCCUCCUGGUCCCGUUCGAGCUAGCCGCAGAGCUGGGGGCCUUCAUCCUGCAGUCUGAGCUGGGAGACUUUGAUCCAAGGAGGCACAACCCGGGUUAUGUAUCGGAAUUCCGGUUUCUGCCCAACCAGAGCGUCGAACUGGAGAUGCGGAUAGCAGAGCUGCACCAAACGCUAGUGGGGCAGAUGCCCUCGCAAGCCGAACUGAACUACCUGGACAAAGUGAAGUGGUUGGAGAAUUACGGAGUGGAUUUGCAUCCCGUGCUGGGUGAGGACCAUGUGGAGUACUUCUUGGGGCUCACCCCGAGCGGGAUAAUCGUGCUGCAGAACAAGAACACCGUCGGGAACUACUACUGGCCGCGCAUCACCAAGAUUUACUUCAAGGGCCGGUACUUCAUGCUCAGAGUGACCGAUAAGAACGACGACGAGUGCACGUACGGGUUCGAAACUCCAUCAAAAUCGGCUUGUAAACAUUUGUGGAAAUGCUGCGUGGAACACCACGCGUUUUUCAGGCUUGUGCAAGUGACUCCUACGUCCCCGGAUAUUUUCGCGCUCGGUUCGCGGUUCCGUUACAGUGGUAGAACUGAGAAACAAGCUGUGCGGGACGCUCAGAUGAAGUUGCGACAGCCGCCUUCGUUUUCUCGGAAGCCGUCUAAGAAAUAUUCAAGAAGGCCUAACCUCGCGAGCGAGUCCGUCCUUUCGGAGCCAUUGAAGGUGCCCCAGUUCCACCACAGGCAGGAAAUCAAGCACAUUUCUCUGCCCCUGCCCGUGGAGAGCUUCGAGGGGUCCUUCAACCCUUCGACGAAUAACGGUGCCAAAAAGUAUGACUCUCCGCACAGUACUAGGAGUGCUCCGUGGUCGCAACCCCAUUCCAAAGGUUUGUACAACAGUUCAGCCCCACCUAGUCCCCGUUCCGUGAGGUCAGGGAGGUACAGGUCAUCCUCGAUUGACAGCCAGAGUUCUAACGACUCAAGGAAUUGCAAGAAACGGAAACACAGGAGUAAGACUUCUGAUAACGAGAGCGAGCUGAGCAAGGGGUCUUCCAGAUCCAGACGUAAGCACCGGAGAAGGAAAUCAAAGAGUGGGAGGAAAGAUUCCGGUUCGGAUUACGAAAGCAAAUCCACAGAGCGGAAAUCCAGGUCGAAGCCCGACAAUUAUUAUGAACUAGUCGAUUCCACGUCGCAGUGGCAGGAAAUCCAGAAAAACCUCUCCAGGGACUCCUCUGGAAACGCUGUCCAGAAAGCCAAUGUGGUCAGCAGCAGAAGGAACCACGAACCAGGAGACUACAACACAACCGGUCGCAGAGGCAGACACCGGAAGCAUCGGUCGAGAUCUAGGUCCCCGGCCGAGGCGAAAACUUGGCUACCCAGUGAGCUAAAGAAGCACCUCGAGUUUGAUCUUGUUGAGACAACCGGAAUGAGUGACUUGCAGCUGAAGGAGAUCCCUUACACGGUGGUGCAGACGAACUACUCAAAGCACGUCAAGUUGAAGCACUCCAAUUCAACAAGAAGCGACGACAAAAGCAGAACCAACAGCUUGUCUUCGUACUCCCACCACCAGAGCGAUUCCUACCCCACCUACAACCACAACAGCUUGUUCAAUGAAGCUUUGACGAACUUUUCUUACCCCGAACACCGUGAUUCUACGAAUAAUUCCUCCAUGGGCCUUCCUGAGCCUCUGAAACCUUCCAGUUAUCAUUCCGGAAGUCAUUCGAACGGUUACAACUCCUCCAAAGAUAAUUACGGUAAUU